AUGCGCAAGGCCGACAUCCUCCGCACCUUGCCUGAUGACGACGACAAGGCCGAUGCCCUCCCGGAGAGAGAGGAGCCACCCGUGGUUCCCAUGAGGGGCAGGUCGGCGCUGAUCUCCCGGGAUGACGCUCCUACUCUGGCUCCACCUGGAGCUGCUUCCGGGCCAUCUGCUGCCCCUUCUUCCGCUCCCGGAGUCCGCGCACCUGUGCCUCAGGCUGCGAGGCUCUCAGAAUUCAAGCUCAAGAAACGGAGGGACUACGCCGCGGUGGACCAGUCGACGCCCGCGGCGAAGAGGAAGGAGGGCGAGGUGGUACUGCUCGAGACCGGAUCGCCUCCUGCGGCCGCAUCCCCCUCCAUGGGUAAGGGCAGCAGCGUCGCUCGUGCUUCUCCAGCCCACUCAUCCUCACAAAAGCUUGGGGAGCACUCUCAGGAGGAGUCAGCCCCCGUGGCCCCGCUAGCUCCGGAUGUGCCAACGCCUAGCUUGGUCGCCGAGACCGCGAAGGCUCAGGAGCCUCCAUCCUCCCAGGACAUGGUGACGACGACGCCUCCUCCCCCUUCUGCCGCACUGCUUCUUCCGGGUCCUUCGGCCUCCCCUGACGUUCUGGAGCGCGCUCUUUCUGUGAUGACCCUAUUGCGAGAAGAUCUUCAAGGCACCCACCGUCGCUUGGCAGCCGGGCGCCUGGAGCUGGUCUCUGGCUGGCUUCAUUCCGAUGUGUCCGUCCGAGCGACGCUAAGCCAGACUACUGCAGACUCCGAGAAGGAUAAUGAGGCCGUCACCCAAGCUGUGGCCGCCCGCGAGGUGGCGCUGAAGGAUGUCGAGGCUGCCAAGGACCGCUGCCGGUUGCUGGAGGCCAAGCUGGAGAACGCGCGGAGGGAGCGCGCGAAGGAAGCCCGAGGCCGCAAGGCGGAGGAGGAGAAGAUGAAGGCCCGAGAGGAUGCCGUCAGGGAUCACGACGCCGAGCUAGAGUAG